AUGAUGAACAAGGGACUAGGAACGUUGUUCUCCAAGUCCAUUUUUCUCUUCCUCUCUGCUUCCUUUGCACGGCGCUGCUGCGCAGGAGUGAGAACCGGACCGUCAUGCUCCAGAGUCGGUGCCACAGCCGACUUUGGACUCUCUCCGAUCCUAGACCGUUUUGACAGAGACUUUCGCAUCAAAAUUCACUAUGCCCAUGAAAUUGACAACGAGUGGUCUCACAAACAACUCUAUGUUCGUGACAUUUUCAGCGACUGGAGCCCACCUGCAGACACUGUUGACAAUGAAUUUGUAGCUCGAGUUCAAGCAUUCCGCAAACAACUCACGCCUAUGUUUCACCGCCGACAAGUCCAUUCCAAUCUCAAUCCCAUUCAACAAAACCUGCUCACUACUCUACGCAAUCAUCCAAAGCUUGUAGUCCUCAACUCUGACAAAAAUCUUGGGCCUGUGCUAAUGGAACGUGAAACCUAUGUCUGCCGCUGCCUUAUUGACCACUUAUUACAGCCUACUUAUGAACAUUUGUCUUUCGAGGCUGCAACCACAUUCAUCUCAAGCACUCAAGACUCUCUCAUUGAGUUUCUUACUCUAUACCAUGGUUACCUGGGUGAUGAUAAUCACAAAUAUCUGACCCGCAGCCUUGAGGCAGUCCGCGAUCCUUUUAGCUACUUUUAUGUAUUAGCUAAAGUUCACAAAAGUCCCUGGAAAACCCGCCCCAUUGUUUCAGUUUCUGGAAGCCUACUCUAUGGCCUUGGCAAAUGGCUUGAUAACAACUUCAACCGAUCAUCCGCCAACUUCCAACCUACCUAUCCAGCUCCUUCCAACUGA